ACAAAGCAGCGUCGACUAUUAUACCAGGAUCCGUAUUUAUAUGAUUAAGGGGACUAACCGACCUUUUGACUCUUGGUGUGUUUUCUUCUUUUUUCACAAUGGAUGAGGUGUUUUUUAAGUCGGCGUUACCUGCGCACGAGUCCUUUGUGUUUGAUGACACCAGUCUGGCUCUGCCGACCGAUCUGCGAUCCUCGACGCAGCCCGAUUCAAAAGACCGGAGCCUGCGCGUUCACAGGCAGAUUCAGCUCUCGCUGUCCCGGAAGGCUAAAAAGUCUCUGUCAAAUGGUGGUGUCUAUUCACAGAAAAAUAAAGCAAAGAGCUUUGAUGCUGCAGAUGGAUUUUUUACAAGCACAAAGGUAAACAGAUCGACCUUCUCCAGUCACUCCUUCUCCAGCGACCAUGAACGAAAACCAUCCAAGAGAGAGGAAGUCUCCCCUCAAGCAAGCGGAGAACUGCCUCGUGGGCGCUUCCAAUACAGUACUUACCAUUAUGGGAUGUCCACCCCCCCAGGACCAAGUCUUUCACGCAUCGUGGGCACUCUGCCGCAGCACUCAGCUAGGUCUGCUUCCUUUCACCGCAGUGCUUUUUCAGAGAUGCCUCGUGGCACGCAGACAUUCGUAUCCACACCUGCACGAGCGACCAUCUGGCAGAGGCCAGUCAGACAGAGCGUAGCACCAAAAUCUGCAUUCGCAAGAUCUACUCCUGUUCAGCAAAACAGUGAAUUUGGUUUUUGGAGUUAUAAACAAAAUACUGCGAAACAAGAGAACCCCACUGUGCAGAGACCAAAUGGUGAUCCGACGCUUGGUUCUAUUCAGCCUGAUGAAGGCUUGUCCUGGCUAGCUCAGGUGAGGAAAAGGAGCAACCAGAAAUCCCUCAAACAGAAGUCGAGCCUGCCCUCUGUUAGCAGUGCGGAGGUGGAUGCUGGCAGGCAGGUGGAAAAGCAGCUCCCCAUUCAGCAGUUACAGAGGCAGAAUGUCACAACACUGAAGUCAGCAAGCAAGCCUCCUGAGAUGACAUUGGAGAGGGCUGUGAACCUUUUGACCCACAAUGAAGAGGAAACACUGAUCUAUGCAGCCAGUUACAUACAAAAUCAAUGUUUCGAGAGUGCCAAGGCUAGAGAGAAGGUCAAAAUUCUCAGUGGGAUUGGAAAGCUCCUGCAGCUACUUAACAAUGACAGUGAGGAAGUGCAGCAUGUUGCUGCUGGGGCGCUGCGUAAUGUGGUUUACCUGAAGGAUGAAAUUAAGAUGGUAGUUAUGGAAAAUGAGGGUGUGCCCUUCAUUCUCAGUGCACUGAAUAGCAGUCGUGAUAGGGAGACCAGACGUCAGCUUACUGGUCUUUUGUGGAACCUCUCUUCUCAUGAUGACUUGAAGAAGCAUCUAGCAAAACGUGGCUUAUCCGUUCUCACCCGCUCAGUUCUGGUUCCCGGCUCUGGUGUUUCUGAAGGCGAGAACCCAAAAGAUGAGCUCCUAGCGGAUGCUGAGGGUUUCUACAAUGUCACCGGCUGCCUGCGAAAUCUGAGCUCUGCAGGCCCGGGUGUCAGGAAAGCAAUGAGGGAGUGUGAGAAUCUCAUCGAUUCUUUGGUCCACUACAUUCGGGGAACCGUAGCUGACCGAACGAUGGAUGACAAGUCGACAGAGAACUGUGUCAGUAUCCUGCACAACCUGUCUUAUCAGAUUGAGUCAGAGCUUCCGCAAAAGUGUGCCCAGGUUCCCAGAGAAUCUCGCCAAGACUUGGAUACCGAGCCAAAAACUUAUGGCUGUUUUUCUUAUCGCAGUGCCAAGAUCACAGAGCAUACAGAGCAUCAGCUCCCCCUGCUGGAGAAGAACACCAAUCCUCAUGGCAUAGAGUGGCUGUGGAGCCCAAUCACUGUCAGGAUGUACAUGUCACUGGUGGCCUGCAGUACGUGUGACUUCACCAAGUUUGCAGCUGUUGGGGCACUGCAUAACAUCACAGCUGGAAAUGGAGCGAUAAGCAAAGCCCUCGCCUUUACCAUUGUUCUGGAGGAAUAUGGUCUUCUGCAGAUUAAGAAGAUGUUAAAGUCAGAACAGAGUGGUCUGGAGAAAGCUGCUGUAUUUUUAAUCAAAAACCUCUCACGCAACCAUGAACUGCACCUUCCCAUUGCAAACCAGGUCUUACCAGAGGUGGUGAAAAUGCUGCCCAACAGUGACACCAGCACCGACAGCGAGAUGACAACGUCUCUGUGUCAAAUCCUGACUUACCUGAGUCAGAAUCACCUGGAGAAUGUCGAAAAGAUAAUCAAACUCAAAUGCCUCCAAAGGAUCAUCAACAUCAGCAAGACAGAAAAUGGUGCGAGUCAGGCAGCAUGCAUCCUGCUGCAUGCAAUAUGGAAACACACUGAACUCCAUGGGACCCUCAGAAAAAACGGGUUCAAGAGAUCUGAUUUCGUCAACGCGAGGAUAACAAAGGCUGUGAACUCCAAAUGAAACUGAGCCCAAGAUCCAUUAACACUAUCGGCACAAAUCGCUCACCCUGUCUUCAUGUCAGCUGUGUCAAUGCAGUGACUGUUUUUUUGUUUUGUUUUGUUGUCAUGCUACAACCAAACAUUGUGAUCUACAUUCAAACACCCAUUAAAAUGUAGACUUUUGUUUGUUUUUUGGAAAUGUUUCUCCAGCUACUUGUUCUGCCUUUUUGGUAUUAGUUAGCUUCAUGUUAUCAAACAUGUAAUUUGAUAGGACAAAAUGAGAAAAUGAGAACCCUCAUUUUGUGUGACCUUUAAAGCACCUUUCAUUUGUUAUUAUUCCUCAUUAAAUAUGUCUCUGACCACUGCUGUAGUGCCGUAGGGUAAAAAUGACAGAUGAAUGUAGAGCUUUUUGAAGACAGGAGAGAUAUUAAUCUGAAGACAGUUAUUUGUUAGUUGAAAUUUGAAGUAUUUCUUUAUGCUUGUGUUGUAUUUUUUUUCCCCCUUUCAUAGUGGCAUUGUGUUAGCAAUAAUACCAUUUGUUUUUAAGUACUUGAGGUUACAGUGAAUACAAGAGUAAUACAAUUUUUUAAUGAAGUUUUUAAUGAAGUUUAAAUGAAGGCCU